UUUGCUUAAAUUUACACGCGGUAGGUAGUUGCAAAGCAUUAUUUCAUUAUAUAAAAUGAGCUACAAGAAUUAUUUGUAGUGCAAGUAUAUAUUUUAGUGCAUUCACUAAGUGCUGGUUUAAAAAGGAUAACAUCAAAAAUAAGUGUGCAACAACAAAAAUAUCUCGUCAGCUGUGCAUCUGGAGUGCGAAUUACACUCGACCACAAAACAAGCAAGUGCCACGGAAUUUAAUGUUUGCAUCAAUCUCAGAUAAAGUUAAACAUUUACGAGUGUUUUCGAAUAGUUCAUCUUAUUUGACCAAUAAACAAAACACUCUGUCACUUCCAAUCGGAACGUGCAUGCAGCUAAGUUUCAAACCCAAAACAUAACUUGUGUUGCACACUGUCGCCACUGGAUGAUGCCUACGUGACUCAUGAACAGUUAUCAAUGGCGCAACAUACAACAGCCGCCGUCGCGGUAAUAAAAGUUCAGUGACCAAUUUCAUUGCAACAGCAACCCUUGAACUGAAACGUACGUCAGCUACAGGAAAAAUUUGAAAUUUUGUUUUCGAGUGACAGUAAAACUAAUAACAAUAAUUAUCAGUGCACACAGUACACGUGCUGUUUUUGUUCAAUUGGCUUGUGGCUGCCACUUGAUCGGGAAAGCGAUUAAAGAAAUUUGUAAUACGAGUGAAUGUAUUGUAUGUAAUCUGACAAAUACAUACAUACAUACAUAGGUGAUUGAUUGUGUGACUAACAAAGACAAAAGAAUCAACAAUUUAAAUAUAGCUACAUUGAAGCUCGUUAUCGUUGCGUUCGUUGUUUGCAGUAUAUUGUAAAUACAAUAUUUGGUUAACUUCGGUCAAGCAGCGCAAACAAGCGCUACAAAAGCAACAAACAACUGAGGCGUAACGUCUCGGAAACCAUUUGAACCUUGGCGCGUUUCGAAAGUUGCACUAAACGCUAUUCUAAAGUGAAGCACCAAUUAUUUUCAUCAUGUUGGACCUGAUCCAACCAAAUGAGCAGUUGCCCAGCUCCAUGGACACCAGCAGCGAUGUGGUCGUGGUUCGUGCCAGGCCCAAGAAGGUGUUUAAGCCCAAGGCACGCAUCAAUCGCAUACCUCAGGAGCUGCUAGACGAUCCCUUGCUGCAACAGGCUAUAAAUCGCCUACCGUCCAACUACAAUUUCGAGCUACACAAGACCAUCUGGCGCAUUCGGGAAACAAAGGCCAAGCGAGUGGCACUACAGCUUCCAGAGGGAUUGCUUAUGUACGCCAUGGUUAUUAGCGACAUCAUCGAGCGCUUCACGAGCGCCGACACCGUAAUUAUGGGCGAUGUGACCUACGGGGCUUGUUGUGUGGACGACUACACGGCCAAAGCGCUAGGCGCGGAUCUGCUUGUGCAUUACGGCCAUAGCUGCCUUAUACCAGUAGACCAGACGUGCGGCAUCAAGGUGUUGUACAUAUUUGUCGACAUCAAAAUUGACCCACUGCAUUUUCUGGACUCGGUGAAGUUGAAUUUUAAACCGGAAGUGGGUCAAAUAGCACUGGUUAGCACCAUUCAAUUCGUAACGACUCUACAGGCGGCAGCAACGGAACUGAAAGCUGUCGGAUAUGACGUGAUAGUGCCACAGGCGAAACCCCUCAGUCCAGGUGAAAUACUUGGAUGCACUUCCCCACAAUUGCCAGAAUCGACACAAAUGAUCAUUUAUCUGGGCGACGGGCGUUUUCAUCUCGAAUCGGCCAUGAUUGCUAAUCCGCAACUAAAGGCCUACAAAUAUGAUCCAUAUGAAAAGAAAUUCACCGUGGAACGUUAUGAUCAUGUGGCUAUGCAAGAGAUGCGCUACUCGGCAGUGCAGCGCGCUAAGCAGGCCAAACGAAUUGGCAUCAUAUUGGGUACGUUGGGCCGGCAGGGUAGUGCACGAGUUCAUAAAUUUCUUGGGCGGCGUCUGCAUGCCAAGGGCAUCGAGACGACAACCAUACUGCUCUCGGAGAUUUUCCCACAGAAGCUUGCUCUGUUCACCGACAUCGAUGCUUUUGUGCAGAUCGCGUGUCCUCGAUUAUCCAUCGACUGGGGCUCGGCCUUUACACAGCCGCUGCUAAAUCCUUACGAGUUGUCUGUAGUUUUGGGCGAUGUCGAAUGGACGCCACACAAUGCCUCACCCCGAGCCAAUGCAUAUCCUAUGGACUUUUAUGCCACCGGCAGCCUGGGCCCCUGGACGCCCAAUUUCAAGCCGCCUGCCUUGGGCGAAUGCGAGAACAGACCCUCAGCCGAUUGCUGCGGCCGCUGCACGCGUGCAGAACUUGAAAAAGAUGACACUGGAAAGGCUGCAGCUCUGGCCGAUUUGCUGGACUUUAAGAAAGGCUAAACUGAACUGGUAGCCACUAAGGAUUGAUCCUUUGUGCUACUGCGUUAUCCCCUGAAGCGUUACUUAACAGUUUACGUGAUUUAGUUUAACAAAAGAAAUGCUUACUAAUUUUAGUUAGUACAAAUUUUUUUAAGUUAAGAUAUUUUAUAGUUUCUCAAUUUUUGUGUUCAUCAAGUUUCUUCUAAGUAAUGUGUACCAUAUAGUUUGUUUUUAGAUUUCUUUUCUAAUGUGAUGCAACUAUUUUGCGAAGCGCAAUGAACAAGUUUUGCCAAGCUUAUAAACAUUAUAUCAUACAA